UCAUUCUCUUAUUUCAUCAUAGGGCUUGGUUAUUAUUCAGUGAAGGUCCAUAUAGUUAAUACUGAGUAUUUUGCUAUUGACACUUAUAAUAUUGUCUGCAGAAAAGUAUAUAUAAAGCAGUGUAGACAGGGUGGAGACAGCAACUCCUGAGUGUGAUAUAUUGCGCCCUUCCAGUUUACAGACGCUUUGAUAAUACCCAGCACCGAAAUAAAAAUAAGGAAGCCAUGUCAAAACACUCAGGCACAGCAUCAGCGCGUCUGAGGGCCGACUACAUGAGAUUAAAACGUGACCCAGUGCCAUACGUGACAGCUGACCCUCUGCCUUCAAACAUUCUUGAGUGGCAUUAUGUUGUGGAAGGGCCAGAGCAGAGCCCCUAUGAAGGCGGUUAUUACCAUGGCAAGUUGGUGUUCCCGCUGGAGUACCCGUUCCGACCGCCCAGCAUAUACAUGAUCACACCCUCGGGUCGCUUCAAGACCAACACGCGACUGUGCCUCUCCAUCUCAGACUUUCAUCCCGACACCUGGAAUCCAGCCUGGUCUGUGGCCACCAUACUGACUGGACUCUUGUCAUUUAUGCUGGAGAAAGCCCCAACAUUCGGCAGCAUAGAGACAAGCGACUACGAGAAAAGACAAUUGGCCCAGCAAAGUUUAAGCUUUAAUUUGAAGGACAAGAUUUUUACGGAACUCUUUCCUGAAAUCACAGAGACUAUCCAAGAGAAACUGGCACAACGUGAGCAGGAGUUGGCGGAGAGAGCCAAAGCGAUAGAGACAGGGAGCCUGAGUGAAAAGGACCGCACGAACUCAGACAGCGGCAACCAGAACCUCGAUGCCAGCCACAUGUCUGCCCUCACAAACCUCCUUGUCGUUGUAGGCUUUGCACUGUUUGCGUGGACUGUCAAAUAUGUAAUGUCAACUUUAAGUGAUAAUGAAGGAUAGGAUGAAAAACAAAUUCAGUUGUUAUUAUGAUUUUCUUUUGUUUUCUCUUUUCAUGAGUAUUUUUAUAUUUAAGAAGUGUGGAGAGAGAGAGAGAGAUAAUGAAAGUGAGUGAAUGUGUGAGUGAUCAAGUGAAUGAGUGAGUUGUGAGUGCAUAGUGUAAUCUCAGAACUUAAUAUCAGUCAUUCUAAAUUUAAGUUUAUGAGUAAAACUAUACAGAUAAUAUUCAUAUAAAUUGAUCUGAUAUUUCAGCAAGAAUUACCAUUGUUUACCUUCAUCAUUUAUAUUCAUUCUAAUGCCUAUUAUGACUCACUAGUGAUACUUUUGAUAUAUACAGGCUAAAUAGUACAGUAAUUAUAGACUGCAUAACUAUUUAUUGAAUAGAAUUAAUGUUUUUCUCUAAAUAUGAUUUCAAAAACAACAAAGUAAUUAGCAUAUGGAAGAUGUUUUAGUCUAAAGAUUACCACUUGCACCCAAGCCACUUUUUUUUUCAAAAACAAAUAUGCUUUUCUGACCACAAAGAAAUGGCUGCUGCUCAUGGGUUUGAUGUGAGUUGUGAGUAUUACACUUGGAGUUAUGAGGUAAGGGAAUGAGGAGCUGUGCAAGAUACAAGAAAUAAGCUGUGACAUAAAUUAGGUGUGAGAAUGACCUGAAUAUAUGUAUAUGACACACACACACACACACACACACACACACACACACACACACACACACACACACACACACACACACACACACACACACACACACACACACACACACACACACACACACACACACACACACACACACACACACACACACACACACACACACACACACACACACACACUCUCACACUCACACUCUUACAUGUACGCGUGUCUAAGUGUGUUGUGUGCAUGUGUGGCUGCAUUUAUUUGCUUGUGUCCAUGGUUUGCACUCUUCUAUGAAUUUUAGUUGAACAUCAGAUGUACGAAGCUCUGGUUUGUUACCAUAGAGCAUCAGUACUAGAUAGCAUUGUGCAGUUUGGCUCUUUAUUUGACUUAAGAGUGUCACACACGUUGAUAAAUAACACUAUAACAAGAUCGGGAACAAUGCUUGUGCAGUUUUAUCACCAUAUCAAGAAUUUAAAUGAAGGAUUAAGAUAAAAUCCAGAAAGAAAAAGAGAUCACAUCAUACAAACAUCCAUGAUUAUCUACUCUCAUACCAUCAUUGAAAAAUCUCAUUUUAAAAUCUUAUUUUAUCAUGAAAAUAACUGUAAAGUAGGUUGUUAUAAAAAUGUUACUAGAGUAGACAUAAAGAGUGCUGUUAAGUCAGACUUAUAUUUA